AAAUGAGUGGACGGAAUCUGGAAUCAUUCAGUGUAGGUAGAAAGACAUGAAACUCACGGUGUUAUGUGUGUUGGUAGCAGCCUACCUGGCUGCGCCAUGUUACUCGGAACCGUUCAUCAUGGAAUUGCCAGGUUAUGCGAAGACCGUUAUGGGUGGUUAUGGAAAUGCAAGCACGUCCUGGUACGAGCCUCGACGUCCGUUUUACUCCUUCCGUUAUUUCCAUUAUGCGGCGAAACCGACUUAUGAGACUCGAUUUCUGCCUCCAAUACCCUCAAACUACCCUUAUCCCGACGAAGAGAUAUACAACUCAAUUGACUUGCCCCCAGGAUGCGCACAGGGGAACGAUAAUGCAUUAGAAGACUGUCUUAUACUUAGCGUAUACACCCCCCAUUUUCCCGGGAACGCUUCUGAUCCUUCUACUACAUUUGACAAACUGCUGCCUGUCAUGGUUUGGAUACACGGCGGUACAUUCGUAUCUGGUCAAAGUGCCCUUUACGAACCAAACACUUUUAUGGCACACGAUGUCGUUGUCGUUGUAAUCCAAUAUAGACUUGGUGCCCUCGGAUUCCUUACUCUCGAUACGGAUGAAAUACCAGGGAAUGCUGGCAUGGCAGACCAGGUUGAAGCUUUACGUUGGGUCCAGAAGUUCAUUAAAUACUUUGGUGGCGAUAAGGACAAAGUAACCAUUGUCGGGGAAAGUGCCGGAGCAGCAAGUGUGGGUUUCCUCCUUCUAUGCCCCCAAGCCCGAGGAGAACGACUUUUCCACAACGCCAUUGCCGAAUCAGGCUCUAUGUUGACUGAAUGGGCUCUUGAUCGUAACACGACAAAGCAUGGAUAUCGAAUUGCAGAGCUGGCUGGAUGCCCUCUCGAACCUUACGCCGAUUUGCUGCACUGCUUGCGAAGCAUAGAUGCCAUAGCCUUGCGAAACGCCCAAAAAGAAUUUUCGAAAGAAGACCAAAAAAAUGGUUACAUGGGAUUUGGAGGCCAAUCACCCAUUAUGCAAACUGCCGGAACAGUCCGCUAUUUGACCGAGGAACCAAAAACUUUGAUUGAACGAGGAGAAUACAUGACGGACGUGAAUAUUUUGUUUGGCGCUAAUGAAGGAGAAGGCAUUAUGGCUUUUGAUAUCAUCUAUCGCGGCUACAUUAAACCGAAUAAUCUUUUUGACAAUGAGACCUUCUGGAAGUACGACAGCGUCAGAACUGUUCUUGGCGCUUUAGGGAUUCGUGACGACACAAGCGCUCUGUCCGAUGCUCUCAUCACCAAAUACCUCGGCUAUGCUGUUGACUCUUGUCAGAUGGGUAAUCUGACCGUCAUGCUUCCCGGUUUAAUUGACAUCGCUGGGACUUUGUUCUUGAAAGCUGGCGGUUGGCAAACAGUACUAAAACAUACAAAAUUCAAUCCUCACGCUUAUUGGUACUCGUUUGACUUUCUGAGUAAAGUCAGCAUUAUUGGCGCUAGCGAUUUUCUUCCCCGCGGUGUGAUGCACGCGGAUGAAAUCAUGUACCUGUUCACGAUGCCCAUUCCCCACAACGAAACGGAAAAAGAGCUUGGAAAGAAAAUGAUUGAGAUUUGGACAACUUUCGCCACUUACGGAGAACCGACACCAGAAGGAGUGCAAAUGAGGGAAGGCAUUCCAAAAUGGCCUCCCUACACCCACGAAAAGAAAGAAUUCAUGGCCAUCAAUAAAUACUGGAGCGUCAGAAACGAUUACACUUUGUACUACACCGUUACCGUAGACAAGGCAGGACCGAGGACUGGAGGUCAAAGCGCUGCACAACAAUGCGCUGACGAGUAUUGGGCAUCCAAGAGAGAACUACAUCGUCGACACGGUUAAGCUGUUUCAACUAUACCAUAUUAAUUCAUCAGCGCACAAUAGUUAUGCGAGCUGUUUUGGAUAUUAGCCUAGUGUUGCAAUUCCUCUUAAUACUUUGUUGAUUGCAAAUAACUAAAUAUAGCGUGCUUCUCUUUC